AUGUAUGGAGAUGGUAACAAGACCACAUUUGUUGGAGAGUUGUUUAACAGGUUCAGGCAUCAAUUUGAAGCUGCGAGUUUUCUUCAUAAAGUCUCUGAAAAAUCAAGGAGGAGUGCUGAUGGCCUAGAAAAUCUCCAAGAAACACUUUUGCAUGAAAUGGGUGUGCAUAAAAAACCUAAGUUGGGAAGCACAUUAAAAGGAUCUUCUAUUAUAAAACAAAGUUUGCAUAAUAAAAGAGUCUUUCUGGUUCUUGAUGAUGUUGAUAGUAUAGAACAGUUGGAUUCAUUGGCAGGAGAAGGUGAUUGGUUUUGUCCUGGUAGUAGAAUUGUUAUAACAACAAGAGAUGCCAAAUUCCUAAAUAAUCAAGUGUUAGAUGGAUUCAAGAUUGAGAAAUAUUGCAUUAAUGAAGGUGAAUUCGAAGGAAUGCAAGGUGCUAGAUCAAAUCAGAAGCAAGAUAAGGUCUUCGAGGAAGAUAUGGUGGGCUUUGUGGAUAUCUUCAACAAUGUAACCAAGCAGUUGAAGGAAAAUGAGACCAAUCUUAAUGUUAUCUCCGUAAUAGGCAUGGGUGGUUUGGGUAAGACUAUCCUUAUUAAAAAAAUUUACAACAAUAAUGAGGUGAAGAAGUUGUUCUCUUAUUGUGUGUGGAUUACCGUUUCUAAGGACUACAAAGCCACUGAGCUUCUUCAAAUCCUUCUGAAAGGUUGCGGGUUGUCUGAGUCUACUAAAGGCAAAGACAUAAGCGAGGAUGAUCAAAAGAGCAAGGUCCAAAAGUUCUUAGAGAAGAAGAAGUAUUUGAUAGUGCUUGACGACAUAUGGGAGCCUGAAGUUUGGGCUGAGGUAGAAUGCUUAUUUCCGGACAACAAUAAAGGCAGUGCAAUAUUGAUAACUAGCCGUAAUGAUGGUGUGGCAAACUAUACAGGAUCAAAGUCUUACUUCCCUCCAUUGCUAGAUGAAGAUGAAAGUUGGAAACUUUUCUGCAAGAAGGUCUUCAAGGGAGGAGAGUGCCCAUCUGUUCUAGAAUCUAUUGGUAGAUUAAUGACUGAAAAAUGUAGAGGCUUACCACUUGCUAUUAUCACCUUGGCGGGGGUUGUCGGGAAGAAGAAGAGACUCACAGUUGAGUGGAUGAGAAUCAUGCGCAGCGUCAUUUGGUAUCUUGCUAAAGAUAACAGUAAAGUCACCAAGGUACUGAAGCUUGGGUUAAUACAGGCACCAAAAACAGGAAUAUUAGAUGCACCAGAAUUAGAAGAUAUUGCUGAAGAGUACUUGAAUGAGUUGGUGAUGGUGGCAAAAAGAAGGAGUGAUGGAGGAGUCAAAAGCUGCCGGAUUCAUGACCUUCUCCUUGAUCUUUGCAUAUCAGAGAUUAGAGCUGAAAAAGAGUGUUCGACAAAGGAUCAACCUGAUCCUAUCUGCACCCUUCCAAAUCUAGAAACUCUAAUUGUUGAAGAACAUUUUCACCGUUAUAAACUUCCACAUGGAAUAUGGAGGCUCAAGAAAUUGAGACAUCUUGAAGGCAGGCUAUACAUAACGAGUAAAACAGUUCCACCAGACACGUCAGGAGAAGACUGUUUGCCGAAUCUACAAACUCUCUAA